GCAUAAAUACAGGUUUCGAAACAGAUCGAUAUUUACGGGAAACCAACUAUAAAAGUCCUCGUUGGUUUUUCAUUCCGUACGUUCACAUGUAUUUCAAUGCAUUACAUACACAGAAAAGAUAUAAUCAAUAAGAGGUGACAGGGAUGAGUAAUACCUGGACGUAUACAAUAUUCUGCUCGCCUAGAAGAAGAAAUAGCUUUUAAACGUUGUGCUGAAGGCGCAUGAAAGAAGCAAAACAUGUCAGGCUGGAGUGCUGAGCAGAAUAGGAUCCGUCUCCGGAAGGAACGCGACUCUGCAAAAGAGAAAAUGAAGGAGAAGCUGAUAGAACUGAAUGAAGAAUGCACAAAAGCCUCUUCUGCAGUAAGCAAGGCGCGGAAGAAGUAUCAGGCGAUGAAGGUUUCUGUUGAGGCUCUUGAGUGUGAGAUGGGGGAUUUUGAAAGUGAGUUCAAGGACUUGGAAGAACGUGAGAUGGAAUGGAAGGCCACUGAGUAUGAUCCGGUGGGAAAUCUCCUGGAUGCAGCGCAGGCGGAUCUGGAGGAGAUCCGAACCGAAUUGGCAUCAAAGAGAGAAGAAGUCAAAGAAUUUCAGGAGAAAUUCGAAAAAGCAGACGACUCAUAUGACAAAGCUGCGAAAAUAACACGCCAGAAUGUGAUGCCGGAGCGGGAAAGGGAUGUGGCUGAAAGAAAUCUGAUUCAAGCACAACAGGAAAUUGCCGCUCUAGAAAACAGGGAGACGAUUGCUAUAGAGCUAGUUCGAGAAUACACAGAAAAGCAGCAAGCUGCGUUAUCAGCCAAUCAGGGCGCAGAAAGGGAAGGUCAGAAGGUCACCGAAACCAGGGCAAAACUUGAAGAAAAGAAGGUCAAGAUUGAGACGGAACUGCAAAAGAAGAUAACGCUAAGACAUCGACUUCAGAAUCAACUUGAUUCAGCGAUGACGGAAGAAGAACAAAGAAAGAAGAAUAAGGAAGACUUCGAAGAUGCAGAGAAAAAAAUAGUAAAGGCGGAAAGUGAUCAGCACAUGAAUGUCCUGUUUGAGGUUCAAGGGAGCCUGAGUACGGACGAGGUGAAUGGCCUGAAAUGUCUCCUCCGCGAGUACAGGAUCAUUAAUAAACAGCAGGAGGAGAAGAUUGAGCACUUCAUGCAUUUGUGGUACCCGAUGGAAAGCAAAGAAUUCAUCGCGAUCGGAGAUUAUGUCAAUCUGCGUACGAGAUUACUCGAGAGGAUAGGAAGGAUAGACCUGGUUACAAAAAUCGAAAAAAUGGAGGACGAACUUCUGAAACAAUACGAAAAAGGGGCCACCCCGCUUCAGCGCUUCAAUUCGCAGCAUGACGGUGAAACAAAGCGCCUAAUUACACUGUCCCAAAAUAUUGACAAGAAUGUUGCUGGAAGUGCAUACAACAGGCAAGGAGGCCCUUUCGCUUUCCUACAAGAUGUCUUGGUGGUGAUCAAGCUUUAUCUCGAUCAACUAGCGCAUAAAUCGGAGAGUUCAAAGGCACUUUAUAGUUUCGUGGAUGGUAAAUUGAAAUAUGAUAUCCUGGCAUUGGAAGCCUCCAACGUGAGGGACUCUGAAUCGAAAGAAAGAGAGAUCAUGCAGCUCAAACAGAGAAUUGUGGAUGAGACGGCUAUCACGAAAUCCCUUGAAAAGACUAUAAAAGAUCUAGAAUCAAAGUAUAAAGAGGAUCACCAAAGCUGGUGGAACAAACUUUUAUUGGCAAAGUCACAGACAACAAGUGACAAGGAAAGACUUGAGACGGAACUAAGUGAGAAGAAGGCAGAGCUGGAAAGAAACCGACAUACCUGGGAAGUGUCGCAACAAAAACUCAACGAAGCCUAUAUUAAGUUGCGAGCAGAGAAAGAGACUAUUGCUUCGGAGUGUGACAAGCAGAGAGCAAUAAUGGACGGCAACUUCCGCGGGCAGGAGGGGAGGUGCGAGCAACGGGUGAAAGAAAAUGAACGGAUCUGCGAUGAGAAGGUCCAGCACUUCAAGAGUAAGAUACGCGAGAUGCAAGCGACCCUUGCGACUCAACUGUCUGAACAACAGAAAAUGUAUGAAACCAACAUGGCCGAGAUGCAAAAGAUCAUUGAUGUUUACAAGGACAAACUUGUUAAUGCAGAAUCGAAUAAGAGAAAAGAAGAAUCGAUUUUGAGAACAGGGUUUGAAAAUAAAAUUAGAGUUUUGGAGAACCAGCAUUGGGACGCUCUGGUAGAGUGGCAAACUGAACGCUCGCAACUGAAACGUGAUCUGGUUGAGGCAAAUGUUAACCUGGUUCUUAAACCAUAA